CAUGGAACAGUGGCAAAGCGGAAAGUCCAAGAUGGCGGACUAAGCGGCGUGGCUUUCCGGAGAAGUUUCACAUUUACGAUCUUAUACAUUCAAAAAUAGCAUCAAAUACCUCAACUAUUCACAUUUUCUUAAGCCCAGGAAACGGACUUUGAAUGUGGAGCGAUGGCGUGUUAUCUGAAGUGAAGAUUGAAGACGUGAUAGAAGAUGGACGACUACUGCUAUGCUAAGAUGGCGACGUCCGCUAAAAGAGAACAUGAAAGAGAAUCAGCGCCACCAACGGAGAACAAUCUGAAAAGCGAAGAUGAAGACGUCCAGCAGCUGAUCGGUAAUCCAGAAGAAGUUUCCCCUCAGUUAGGGGGGAGCUCCACUUUGAAGCAGGAGACUCCACAACCACCCUGCAUUAAAAAGGAAGAGGAGGAACUCUGCAUCACUCAGGAGGGAGAGUGUCUUCUAGGACGAGAGGAAGCUGAUUACACCAAGUUUCCACUGAGUAUUCUCUCUGUGAAGACUGAAGAUGAUGAAGAGAAACCACAAGACGAAGACGAGGUUGAAGAACCUUUGAGCAGCGAUAAAGACUGUGAAGACGUCCAGCAGCUGAUCAGUAAUCCAGAAGAAGUUUCCCCUCAGUUAGGGGGGAGCUCCACUUUGAAGCAGGAGACUCCACAACCACCCUGCAUUAAAAAGAAAGAGGAGGAACUCUGCAUCACUCAGGAGGGAGAGUGUCUUCUAGGACGAGAGGAAGCUGAUUACACCAAGUUUCCACUGAGUAUUCUCUCUGUGAAGACUGAAGAUGAUGAAGAGAAACCACAAGACGAAGACGAGGUUGAAGAACCUUUGAGCAGCGAUAAAGACUGUGAAGAUAGAGUGAAGGCGCCUUCCCGGUUAGGGUGUAGGCCGUCCCUCAUCAGCAAGCCCGGUUUCCCCCAGAAAGACGGCAAACUAUCAAUGAACGUUCUCUACAAAAACUAG